CGUGUACGAUGAUCGUUUAGAGGACGUCCGAGCGAUCCUCGCAAGAUCAGUGUUUUGAUCCAGAGAAACACAAACCAAAGUGCCAAGUGUACCGCGUGUGUGACCGCGAGAGAGUGUUUGUUGGUUCUGGUUGCCUGUUUGGUUUGAUUUUUUCGGUUUAGCCCGGUGGCCUCCCAGCCCAGUGCGCCAGCCUCCAUGAUCGACACGUGCCGCACGGAGGAGAAAGUGUUCAAAGUAGCCGCGAGCAGCAACUACAAAAUGCCGACGCUACAGCCGCGCAUCGGCUUCAGCAUCGACUCGAUCGUGGGCAACACGACGCCCAAGUCACCGCCGCACACGAUCACCAAACCACCGCCGGUUUCCGUGGUCGUCGGUGGCGUUACCGGAGAGGAUCGUGAUCGUGCCAGUGGUCUGGGCCAUGGUGUUGGUGGUCAGCACCACCACCCCCACCAUCACCACCAGCCACACCAGCAGCAUCCAAGUCGCUCACCAAGUCCACCGCAAAGCUACUCGGUCCGGUUGAACCGUCUGCAGAGUCUGUCUCCGCCGCACAACUACAGCAUCACCCGGCUCCCCGAGAGUCCCCAAAGUCUAGAGGGUGGCGGCGGUGGUGGUGGUGGUAACGGUGGUGCGGGUGUUGGGCAUCAUGCGAGUGUCCGCUCACUGGAGGCGCUUCAGUCGCGCCUUUCGCCCACUGGUCUUCCAUCGCAGCAACCCCUUUCGCUUAAGCGUCACCGUAGCCCCUCACCACCUGCUUCACCCCCGUCCAUCGGUGCCAUUGGUGGCCACCUAACCACCGGUGGUCCUGGUCCACAUGGGCCACCACCACCGCCACCGACAGGACCGAUCGUCGUUCCCGGACUACCGGCCGGUCUCGUUCGGCCCUUUCCCGUGAGUCCCUCGCAGCAACCUCCGCCGCCAUCCCAGGGUGGUCCUGCGCAAGGUGGUGGCCCCGCACCCCCACCACAACCGACGGAACUCCCGAAAGGAUUGCCACCGUUCCUGCAUACGCCCCAGGAGAUGAUGCAGGCGGCCCAUAACCAGCACUUCCUAGCCGCCCAGUUCCAGGCGGCCGCCCUUGCUCACGCCCAGGCCGGUCAACCGUUUCCACCGCAUCCGGCGGCCGCCCAUCUCCACAACCCGAACCUGCCACCACGCGACAGCUAUCCGCUCUAUCCGUGGCUACUGAGUCGCCAUGGUCGUGGCGUCUUCCCGAUCGGAUUCCCUGGCAACUACCUCAUCCCGUUCCGUAAAUCGAAACGUGUCCGGACGGCGUUCUCGCCCUCGCAACUGCUGAAGCUGGAGCACGCGUUCGAGAGUAAUCACUACGUGGUCGGUGCGGAGCGGAAACAGCUCGCCCAGAACCUCAACCUCUCCGAGACGCAGGUGAAAGUGUGGUUCCAGAACCGACGCACCAAGCACAAGCGGAUGCAGCAGGAAGAGGGUGGUUCCGGAUCGGGCAAGUCAACCGACGGUGAUCACCAGAACCGUUCCGCUUCCAGCCCGACCGGUAGCUGCGAGGAGGACGACGAAGAGGACGAGUUCAUCGACAUGGAUGACUGUCCGAGCGAUGAGGAGAACAUGCAUCACAAUGGCUAAAACGGUGAUGUCCUGCCAGUUCUCCAGUCUCCAGUUGCCGAAGCUGUGCCAAAUCAUCACCAUCAUCAUCAUCUUAGCGUGGAAGGCGCCUCUGGAGGACGUUUGUUGCAAUUUUACCAGUGAUUUGAGUAGCAGAGAAGAGGGCGGAUCAGUGUUGAUGAUAGCAUGAAGAAGAUCACGCGGAUCACACUAAGUAGCAAGCAGUAAUCCUUGGCCGGAAAUAGUAGGAGAGAAAUUGUAUGUAAAAUGCUAGCCAGGCAGCGAGGAUCACGUGCAAGUCCUGAAAGUAUUACUGUGCCCCCCCCCCGCAGGGGCGGGAAUAUCGGGGAAAGAUACCAUUAGCAUUCUUUAGUUUUAUUCGCCUGUACAUAGAGAAAGAGAGCAGAGGGAGAGAGACACUAGUAGUAAUUAUUGUUAACGAGCUGUCCAGACACUGAUACGAGGCUACUACAAAUAUGGCCGCCACGAGGCCAAGAAAAAGGUGUAUUCACUAUUACUACUACUAAUACUACAACUACUACUAUUACUACUAUACUACUUUUGUUCCUGAUGAAUUCAAGAUGAGCUCAGCGCAUGGUAGCAGGACAGUCUCACGAAGAGAAAGUGAGCAGAGAGAGAGAGACCUGGAGAGAGUGGAGAAGUUUGUAAAUUAUCCGAUUAUUUAAUAACUAACUACUAAGGUUUAGGCCUGUGGCGCUGCCGCUGCCGCUGCUAGUGCUGCUUCCCAUGCUCCAGGAUCUAGGAGUUCCAGAGUG